GUGCGGAUGCGUAGUUAUCUGUGUGUGUGUUGAUGUGUGCGCGCGCGGCGGCGUGUCACCUAUCAGCAGCGGCAGCGUCAGUCUGCAUGUGGGCUCGAGCCGGAGCUGAAGCAUCCGGGCCGAACUGCGCAGAGAUGCGGCGCAUGUAGACGCGACAUGCGGACACACGCGCAGCGCAGAUCAAGAUUUAAAACCUGUGAAGAUAAUUAGAGAGUUUGAAAUGGCGGCGCUGGAGUUGAGGUGAGGAGCAGCUCCGUUGCUCGGUCCGCUGCCUGCUGCUGCCGCCGCCUGCUGCCUCCUGUCUGACGGGGAGUGCGCACUUUCUUCUCGCUCCUCUGCAGGGCGCGGAGCCAACACACAGAUAUACGCUCGUUUUGUUGUGUACCGAGAGGAAUCAUGUCGACGGGGCAGGAUGAGAGCUCAGUCCGGGUGGCUCUGAGGAUUCGUCCUCAGCUGGCCCGAGAGAAGAUCGAGGGAUGUCACAUCUGUACGUACGUGAUGCCCGGGGAGCCGCAGGUGAUCCUGGGCAAAGACAAGUCCUUCACCUACGACUACAUGUUCGACAUGGACUCCCAGCAGGACUCCAUCUACACCACCUGCACGGAGAAGCUGAUCGAGGGCUGCUUCGAGGGCUACAAUGCCACCGUCUUUGCAUACGGACAGACGGGUUCAGGGAAGACGUACACCAUGGGGACAGGCUUUGACGUCAACAUCUCAGACGAGGAGCUGGGCAUCAUCCCACGCGCUGUCCACCACCUCUUCAAGGGCAUCGAGGAGCGCCGACAGGCCGCCCAGGAGCAGGGACGCCCCGUACCUGAGUUUAAAAUCAAUGCCCAGUUCCUGGAGCUUUAUAACGAGGAGGUUCUGGACCUGUUCGACUCCACACGAGACAUGAAACAGAAAUCUCACAUCAAGAUCCACGAAGAUGCCACCGGGGGGAUCUACACCGUGGGAGUGACCACACGGACCGUGUCCUCCGAGGCCGAGAUGAUGCAGUGCCUGAAGCUUGGCGCUCUGUCUCGCACCACAGCCAGCACUCAGAUGAACGUCCAGAGCUCUCGAUCCCACGCCAUCUUCACCAUCCACCUGUGCCAAGUUCGCGUCUGUGCCUCCGACAAUCAAGAAAGUGAGACUGACAACAGAGUGUCCAACGGAAACUCUGAGAUGGACGAGUACGAGACGCUGACGGCCAAGUUCCACUUUGUGGAUCUGGCUGGUUCUGAGAGGCUGAAGAGAACUGGAGCAACGGGCGAUCGAGCCAAAGAGGGCAUCUCCAUCAACUGUGGACUGCUCGCUCUGGGGAAUGUAAUCAGUGCUUUGGGUGACCGGAGCAAACGGUCGUCACAUGUGCCUUACAGAGACUCCAAACUCACCCGACUGCUGCAGGACUCGUUGGGAGGAAACAGCCAAACCGUGAUGAUCGCCUGCAUCAGCCCAUCUGAUCGGGACUUCAUGGAGACGCUGAACACGUUAAAGUACGCCAACCGAGCGAGGAACAUCAAGAACAAGGUGAUGGUGAACCAGGACAAGGCCAGCCAGCAGAUCAGCGCUCUGAGGACGGAGAUCGCUCGGCUGCAGAUGGAGCUGAUGGAGUACAAGACGGGUAAACGCCUGAUGGGUGAGGACGGCGUGGAGAGCUUCAGCGACAUGUUCCACGAGAACUCCAUGCUGCAGACGGAGAACAGCAACCUGAGGGUGAGAGUGAAGGCCAUGCAGGAGACCAUCGACGCCCAGAGGGCGCGGCUCACCCAGCUGCUCAGUGACCAGGCCAACCAGGCGCUCGCCAGGGCAGGUGAAGGUGGAACUGAAGAAAUAGGAAACAUGAUUCAAGGUUACAUCAAAGAGAUCGAAGACCUCAGAGCCAAACUCCUGGAGAGUGAAGCUGUGAACGAGAAUCUGAGGAAGAAUCUGUCUCGUGCCUCCAACCGCCAGUCGCUGUACGGAGGACCCGGCUCCUUCUCCUCCACUCUGCUGGCGCCUGAAAAGGAGACCUCUGACAUCAUCGAACUCGCCAAGAAAGACCUGGAGAAGCUGAAGAAACGAGAGAAGAAGAAAAAGAAAAGACUCCAGCAGCUGUUGGAGGAGAGAGAGAGGGAGGAAAGGGAGGAGGUGGUGGAAGAGGUUGAUGACGUCAGUGCCAACAAGGAGGAAGUUCCUGACAACGAUCAGGAGAAGGGUACAGAGAAGGAAAUGACGGAGCGAGUCAACGAGGAGGCAGAAAUGGAGGUCCAGGAGGGCAGCGACCACGAGGAAGGAGAAGAGGAAGAGGAGGAGGAGGAAGAGGAGAUGGAUGUGGAGGAGAGCUCGGAUGAUUCUGACUCAGAGUCAGACGAAAAAGAGAACUUCCAGGCCGAUCUGGCCAACAUCACCUGCGAGAUCGCCAUCAAGCAGAAGCUGAUCGACGAGCUGGAGAACAGCCAGCGGCGUCUGCACACGCUCAAACAGCAGUACGAGCAGAAGCUGAUGAUGCUGCAGUGCAAGAUCAGGGACACCCAGCUGGAGCGGGACCGCGUCCUGCAGAACAUGAAUACAGUAGAAAGUGGCACAGAUGACAAGGCUCGUAAGAUCAAGGCUGAGUAUGAGAAGAAGCUGAGCGUGAUGAACAAGGAGCUCCAGAAGCUCCAGUCGGCUCAGAAGGAACACGCCCGCCUGCUGAAGAACCAGUCGCAGUACGAAAAGCAGCUGAAGAAGCUUCAGAUGGACGUGGCUGAAAUGAAGAAGACAAAGGUGCGUCUCAUGAAGCAGAUGAAGGAGCAGCAGGAGAAGAACAGGAUGAACGAGUCUCGCAGAAACCGAGAAAUCGCUUCAUUAAGGAAAGACCAGCGCAGGCAGGAGCACCAGCUGAAGCUACUGGAGGCUCAGAAGAGGCAGCAGGAGCUGAUCCUGAGGAGGAAGACUGAGGAGGUGACGGCUCUGAGGAGGCAGGCCAGGCCCACCUCAGGUAAGGUCGUCAGGAAAAUUAAUCUCCCAGAACCGAUGCAGGACUCCGCCCACAGACCUCCAUCUGGACGCUUGUACUCCUCCGGCAACGCUGCUCCCAACGGCACCCGUUCCUCCUACAGGCGUACAGUCGGUAUUUACUCCACCAGGAUCGCCCGCAAUAAAUGGCAGUCCCUGGAGCGCCGUAUCACUGACGUCAUCAUGCAGAGGAUGACUAUCUCCAACAUGGAGGCCGACAUGAACCGUCUCCUCAAGCAACGAGAGGAGCUGACCAAGCGUAAAGAGAAGGUCAUCCGUAAGAGGGACCGGCUGGUCAAGGAGGGACCAGAGGCAGAGAAGGCCAUGCUUCCUCUCAACGAGGAGGUGGACGCGCUGACGGCGAACAUCGACUACAUCAACGACAGCAUCGCAGACUGUCAGGCCAACAUCAUGCAGAUGGAGGAAACCAAGGAGGAAGGCGACACAGUGGACGUCUCUGCAGUGAUUGGUUCCUGUACUCUGACAGAAGCUCGUUUUCUGUUGGAUCACUUCAUGUCGAUGGCCAUUAACAAGGGUCUCCAGGCGGCCCAGCGGGAGUCUCAGGUGAAGGUGAUGGAGGGCCGGCUGAAGCAGACGGAGAUCACCAGCGCCACACAGAACCAGCUGCUCUUUCACAUGCUGAAGGAGAAGGCCGAGUUCAACCCGGAGCUGGACGCACUGCUGGGGAACGCGCUGCAAGAGCUAGGUAACAUCCCGGCCGAAAAUGGAGACGACAGCAGCAGUGAUGAAUCUGCACAGAGUCCAUCUGCAGAGGGAAACACUUUGACAUCAGAUCUGAUGAAACUCUGCGGAGAGACCAAAACAAGAAAUAAGGCUCGCAGGAGGACAACCACUCAGAUGGAGCUGCUGUACGCCAACAGUGACUCCGCCCCCGACGCACCCACAGCAGACUUCGCCGGUCCGAUGCUGCCAUUGGCUGAAACACCUGAGGGGGGAGGAGACAUGGACUCGUCAGGCUCAUCAGUCAGGGACUACACAGCUCUCUCCCCCGGCUUUUCCUCUAAAAUGGGCAGCAUUUCUGGCUCCAGAACUUCACCAGGGGUGGAGAAGCGAGCGCCGGAGCCUUCGCCACUCUCUCGCAGGAAGACCUAUGACAAGGCACAGGCAGCGGCUGACAGGGCAAAGGUCAAGGAGAUUAAACAGACCAAUGGACGCCUCCACCUGUCGUCCAAACACGUCCUGCGCUCUGCGUCCCCUCCUCUCUCCGACCCGCCCAAGGGCGUCAUUAACCCAGUGCCGGCCACUAAGAGCAGCCGCUCAGCGACGCUGCAGUGCGUCCACGUGGCGGAGGGACACAGUAAAGCUGUUCUCUGUGUCGACUGCACUGAUGACCUUCUCUUCACCGGAUCCAAAGACCGGACCUGUAAGGUGUGGAAUCUGGUGACGGGUCAGGAGAUAAUGUCCCUGGCUGGUCACCCCAACAACGUGGUGUCAGUUCGCUACAGCUCCAGUCUGGUCUUCACCGUCUCCACGUCCUACAUCAAAGUCUGGGAUAUCCGAGACUCGGCCAAGUGCAUCCGAGUGCUAACGUCCUCGGGUCAGGUGAAUGUUGGGGACGUCUGUUCGGCCAACACCAGCCGGACCGUCACCAUCCCAGCAGGAGAGAACCAGAUCAACCAGAUCGCUCUCAACCCCAACGGAACGGUUCUGUAUGCCGCCGCCGGGAACUCAGUCAGAGUCUGGGACCUGCGAAGAUUUGCAUCCACAGGGAAGCUGACUGGUCACCUGGGUCCAGUCAUGUGUCUGACUGUGGAUCAGUCCGGAAACAACCAGGACCUGGUGAUCACUGGCUCCAAAGACCACUACAUCAAGCUGUUUGACGUCACUGAAGGCUCUCUGGGGAGCAUUGGCCCCACACACAACUUUGAACCCCCCCAUUACGAUGGCAUUGAGUCACUGGUGGUCCAGGGGGACAUUUUCUUCAGCGGCUCUCGAGACAACGGCAUCAAGAAGUGGGACCUGGACCGCAAAGACCUGCUGCAGCAAGUCCCAAACGCACACCGUGACUGGGUUUGUGCGCUGGGAGUCGUCCCUGGGUCCCCGGCCCUGCUGAGCGGCUGCAGAGGCGGGGUGCUCAAGCUGUGGCACACGGACACGCUGGGGACUCUGGGGGAGCUGAAGGGCCACGAGAGCCCCAUCAACGGCAUCUCCACCAACAGCAGCCACCUGUUCACCGCCUCCGAUGACCGGACUGUGAAGAUCUGGCGCGCACGUGGUGGACUGGACAGCACUUUAGAGGCGGGUGACAAUGUGGACGAGGUGGCCAGUAACUGAUGCCUGAAAGGACACUAACAGCAUCUAGUGAUGCUGCUGCCCUGCACUUUGACCCCUAAUUUCUCCAAUGCUGAAUCCUUAAACACACACCUUCCACGCCAUGUAACCUUCAUGUCUGAGCCAACAGGAAGUAAUCUCAUCUCAACACAAACUAGCACAAUCACUCCUCUGUUAGAGUCUUCUGUGUGCUCAGAGUCGUGAUGAUCUGUUUCACUUCUGUGUCAUUAACGACUCUCUGCAGCAUCUUUUUCUCUCUUGCGCUGUAGACGAUACGUCACCGUGGAGAUAAGAACUCGCAGGAUGUUUAUUUAAAACACACUCAUAGAAAAUAUCUCUGCUGCUCAGCUCUGCUCAGUGCUGUGUCAGGAUGAAGUCCACCUGUAGACACACAUUAACCAGAAAAAGUUCAGCAGCGUUAGAUUAGAAUAAAAGCGACAGGACGCUGAGUGUUGGAGGAGAAAAGUGUGGCAGAGCUAACGGGUUGGUAGCUGGUCUUCACAACCCCAGUUCUCCAAUUUCUUUGGAUUGUUCCUCUGCACUUGAAGCAGAACUAAUGUCCCCCCGCACCUUCACCAGCCCUGCCCUACGCUCUGUCUCCCCCCAAAUAACAAAAAGUGGCUUUACUGUAUGUGAAUAAGACAAAUCACCGUUCCCCUUAACGUCCCUCUCCUGCUUCUGUGCUCCUCGAUUCCUGCAGCUGUUUUAAGAUCAGCGACCAAAAUUGUGCACUCUGUCGUCUUUGCUGUCCUGCACUGCACCGUGAACAGAACACACUGUACAGUAACAGUCUCACUGUAAAGCAGCAGUGCGACAUUUUGGGGAAAAUGAUGAUUUGCUUUCUUGCUGGGAGUUUGAAGAAACUACUCUCAUAUCUGUCUGUUAAAUAUACAGCCAGCAGCUGCUUAGCUUAGCAUUAAGACUGGAAACAGGGAAACAGCUUGCUAGCUCUGGGAAGAAAAUCUGACUGUGUGCAGGUCUGAAGCUCACUGAUGAACAUGCUGAAUCUCGUUUGUUUAAUCUGUACAGAACCCAAAGUGUUCAAAUAACGAUUUGUGGGUUUAACUCCAUUUCUACACUUUGGUUUUUGUUUGGAUCAAAGUGAAUAUAGACAAAGUUUAUGACUUUAACUUAAGUAAGUGUUCACUGGAUAGAAUAAGUGUGAGUAUAAUAUCUUGGGAAGAAAAUGAAGGCAAAGAAGUGCAUCAAUCAUUGUGCAACCAAAAACAGGAAGAAGAUAGACCUUUUCAGCUGUUAGUAACAAUCAUGGAUGUGUUAAGAGAACUAGAUAUAACGUUGGAGACGGGGCCUCAUUCAUUCCUUUGGAAGUUGCUUCAUGGCACAUGAAACCAAAAAAGUUUGACUUCCCAGUUAUAAAGUCACCUGGAUCUUCCACAGCAUUGCUCCCGUGCUUCUCACUUGCUCUUUAGCCCUCCAAUAACUUGAAUGGGGAUAAAAUUAUUUUAUCAUGGCUCUUCUAGACUUUCAAGAAGUUAUCAGACCUAAUGGGUCAAAUCUUGAUAAUGAAACGACUCAUUUCUUGGGGGUGGUGAAGCUCAAAAAAAAUGAUUCAAGGAUUUACAGAUGUUACAGACAGACCUGAAAGUUGCUGUUACGCUAUCAGGCCACAAUGUGAAAUUGGCUUCAUAGCCCAACACUAUUCCUGGGGGCCCGGUAGCUAUCCCCAGUUACCAAAGUGUUUCAGCGUGAGGUCCUUGCAGUCACUAUCCCAACAACCGGAGGUGGUGAGCGAUGGAACAGCUGAAGUAACUGUGGGAGUGUCCAGAAAAAAAAAAACAAGCAUCAACCUCCGAGGCUGAAAAAUGAAGCUAAAAACUGCAGUUCCUCUAAUGUCCACUUGAGGCUGGCUCCAAGAGCGAGUCAGUCCCCAUAGACCCCCAUGUUAAAAUGUAGAAAUAAACAUGUUGACACCCUGGUACAAAAACAGAGGAAGUAGGUAUACUCUCCUGUUCCUGUGGCUCUUUGGCUGAUAGGUAGGUAGACCCUCCACUACACCACUGGUUAGCAUGCUAACACAUGAGGCUAAGAUCGUAAACAUGGUAAAUAUUAAACCUGCUCAACAUCAGCAUGUUAGCAUGCUAACAUAGCAUUUAGUAGUAGUCUGACUAAUUGCAGCCUCACAGAGAUGCUAAUAUGGCCGUAGCCUCUUGGUUGUAGGGCAGUAGGCUACCAAGCGAAACCUCCAAGGCUGAUGAAAUGAAGCCAACUUUACAGCAGAAAAAACAUGUUUACAGCCUGGUACCAAAAAACAGUUUUGGUCUCUGUAGCUAAUUUCAACAUUCUUAACAACUGUACAGAGGCUGAAUUUUUUAUAUAACUCACCUGUUAAUACUUUAUUAAGGCUUAAAGUUACGCAUAAUUAAUGGCAGGGCCUCUUUGAGUGACAGGCUCCUCAGCUUCUCAGUCAGCUCCACCCCUCACUCCUCUACAGCUCCACCCUCUUGUCCAAAUAUGGUCAUUUCUGGCUUCAAAACCAAGAUGGCAAAGGCCAAAAUGCCAAACACAAGGCCACAAAAUGGGACUCCACAAACCAAUGGGUGGCAUCACGGGAGCUACAACCAUUCUUUUAGUCUAUGGAAAAAGCUUGCGACAGCUGUGCAGCAAUAUUUAAUGACUUCCCUAGGGAGCGGAGGAGGAGCUGCUCGGCAGAUUUAGUUACCUUCAGACAGAGCCAGGCUAGCUGUUUCCACUUGCUUCCAGUCUUUAUGCUAAGCUAAGCUAACAGACUGUAGCUGGUAUCACUGUUCUCAUCUGACUCUCCAGCAGAAGUGUUUCCCAAAAUGUCGAACUCUUGAGCACUUGUGAAACCGCCACAGUCUUUGAGAAACACGUAAUCCUUUGUGAAUGUGAGCAGGUUCAGCGUUUGAGGAUAUUCUACACUUGUUGUUCAUAUUUCAUCGUAUGUAAAGCGUAUGUUCGCUCUUCUUGUUAACACUCACUAAUCCCACACUACUGAGUCAUCGUCGUCUAACUCCCAUGCUGCUACGUCACGUGCUCACCUUCUCUCCACCCUAUCAGAGGGCUUCUUGUCAUGGACUCCGGGUGAGGUCCGCUCCACACCGAGCAGCGUGUUUGUAUAUAUGUGUAAUGUUAUCUUCUUUUUUUGUUUUCGGAGAGGAGAGGCCUUCAGACUCUGCCUGUGUCGUGAGCCUAACCACGUCUGUCUCCCAGUUCUGAUCCUUGUGGGGCCUUCCUGGAGACGCUCGUGGUCUCCGUCAUGUAACCGACGUGUUUGUGUGCUGUCACUUCUGAAUGUUCGGUCAAACAGCAGUUGUAGGCGUUUCUUAAAGUACAUAUCUGAUGUAUGUAAACAAUGUAUUUAAAAGAAAAAUCUGACUGAAUGUUAGUUUUGUGGGACCACUGAUCUGAGCGCAGUCUCACACGAGAGCCGAGAGGACCAGAAUUGACGGAAGACUGACAAGCUUUGACGCUUUGGACGGAGUUUUUCCUCCAGUGAUGUGGCAGGUUGUGUUUAGUGGCCUAUGGUUAGUUUUUUUUUUUUGUUUUUUUUUCAUCUUCGUUUUGUUUGUAAUGCUGUCCCUGUUCCACAUAUCCCGGGCGUUCCCACUCUGGAGUUUUAGCAGCCAUUCCCAAGUGGCGGACUCUGUAGCGAUUCUAAUGUCAGAUGCCUUGGUGAGAAUA